CAGCCGGAGCCUCUCGCAAGUCUCUCACACUUCCCUGCUGUCACCCCAAAGGAGCAGCCGCUCCUCUCCCGCGCUUGGCUUCCCCGAUGGAGCCCGGGCGCCGCCGCCGCCGCCGCCGCUGCCCCGAGCCCUGAACGGGGCCGCCCCGGCCGCAGGAACGCGCUGCCCGGUUCGAGGGCGCACCAGGGCACGCCGAGGCGGGGGACCGCUGGGGUGCAGGGCGCGGGUUUCGGGAACAAGAAAGUGCUGCCCUUCCGGGUCCCUUGGCCGGCGGCGGGGGGACCAUGGCUCUGAAGGACACCGGCGGCGGCGGCAGCACCAUCCUGCCCAUUAGCGAGAUGGUGUCCUCGUCCAGCUCGCCCGCCGCGUCGGCAGCCGCCGCCCCGGGGCCCUGCGCGCCCUCGCCCUUCCCAGAAGUGGUGGAGCUGAACGUGGGAGGCCAGGUCUAUGUGACCAAGCACUCGACGCUGCUCAGCGUCCCGGACAGCACGCUGGCCAGUAUGUUCUCGCCCUCCAGCCCCCGGGGCGGCGCGCGGCGCAGGGGCGAGCUGCCCAGGGACAGCAGGGCGCGCUUCUUCAUCGACCGGGACGGCUUCCUCUUCAGGUACGUGCUGGACUAUCUGCGGGACAAGCAGCUCGCGCUGCCAGAGCACUUCCCCGAGAAGGAGCGGCUCCUGCGCGAGGCCGAGUACUUCCAGCUCACCGACCUGGUCAAGCUGCUGUCGCCCAAGGUCACCAAGCAGAACUCGCUCAACGACGAGGGCUGCCAGAGCGACCUGGAGGACAAUGUCUCGCAGGGCAGCAGCGACGCGCUGCUGCUGCGCGGGGCGGCGGCCGCGGCGCCCUCGGUCCCCGGAGCGCACGGCGGCGGCACGGCGGACAGGCGCUCCGGCUUCCUCACGCUCGGCUACCGCGGCUCCUACACCACGGUGCGCGACAACCAGGCGGACGCCAAGUUCCGGCGUGUGGCGCGCAUCAUGGUGUGCGGGCGAAUCGCGCUGGCCAAGGAGGUCUUCGCGGACACGCUCAACGAGAGCCGCGACCCUGACCGGCCGCCCGAGAAGUACACCUCCCGCUUCUACCUCAAGUUCACCUACUUGGAGCAGGCGUUCGAUCGCCUGUCAGAAGCCGGCUUCCACAUGGUGGCGUGUAACUCCUCGGGCACCGCCGCCUUCGUCAACCAGUACCGCGACGACAAGAUCUGGAGCAGCUACACCGAGUACAUCUUCUUCCGGCCACCUCAGAAAAUAGUGUCACCUAAACAAGAACAUGAAGACAGGAAACACGAUAAAGUCACAGAUAAAGGAAGUGAAAGCGGGACUUCCUGUAAUGAGCUCUCCACUUCCAGCUGUGACAGCCACUCGGAGGCAAGCACUCCCCAGGACAACCCACCCAACGCCCAGCAGGCAACAGCUCACCAGCCUAACACCUUAACGUUGGAUCGCCCUUCCAAAAAGGAGCCUGUGCAAUGGAUGCCUCCACCAGACAAACGCAGAAACAGUGAACUCUUUCAGACACUCAUCAGCAAGUCCCGGGAAACAAAUCUUUCCAAAAAGAAAGCCUGUGAGAAGCUAAGUGCAGAAGAAGAAAUGAAAAAGUGUAUUCAGGAUUUUAAAAACAUCCAUAUUCCAGAUUAUUUCCCAGAGCGUAAACGCCAAUGGCAAUCUGAACUGUUGCAGAAGUAUGGGCUAUAGUAAUUAUCACAUUCCUGCAGUAUUUCAGUGACAUUUGAUGUUUACUACAGUGUCAUCACCUGACUGUAUCCUAACAAUGGUCAAUGAGAUUCUUGCUGCUCCUCCUUUUUUUGUGAACAGUGAAUACGAGACAGUAUUUUCUUUCAUUCUUUUGUUUUUUGGUUUUUUUUUAGAAAUAUGAUAAAAAGAAAAGAAAAGAAAAGAAAAGAAAAGAAAGAAAAGAAAAAAAAGAAAAGAAAAAAGAAAAGAAACAAGUGUUGAAUCAAAAUGGUGUAUCUCAUAUAAACCAUUUUGCAAGAAUGAAAGUAAAAUGUGCAUGAUCAAGAAGCUUAGAAGCUUGAGUUUUGAACUGUGGUCAACUCAAUAUGUUUGUCAUUUUGUAACUCACUAAAAAUAAAUCAUCCUAUCAGUCCCACUAAAAUGACAGUAUGGAUAAAGCAACAUCAAAUAAAAUGUUAGGUGAUGUUUUCGGAUCCAAUCCAAAACUGUUUAAAUGUUAAUGCAAUAAAACAAGUAUUAUUUCUGCAUGAGCACAAUGUUACAAAUAAAUCACAAGACAUAAGGAAGAUCUGUUUGUUGUUUAGAAAGAAAAAAAUUACAAAAACGCAAAAAAAAAAAUUCCAGGCAAAACCUAUAAAUGUAUGCUGUCUAGGAGAUUGCAUUUUAUUUGUUCUGGAUCUGUGAUUUUUUUGUGUAUGUGUAUGGUGUUCUGUAUGUUAAGAUGGUGUAAAUAUGCCUUAUAAUGUUGUGUUAUGGCACUGACAUUCAUCUAUUAAUACUAGUCAUGAUUAUUUCUGUGAAAUGAGUCUUUACAUAAGGCUGUGAAAAUUGGUAUAAUGAUGCUCUGAAAGAUCCUAUGCUCAUGUUAAUCAAAAUAAUUGAAGGAAAUGAUAAAGAGCUUUAUGUAUUUAUUAAAAAAAGGAAAAUAUAUUAGAAUUCCUUGGUAUCUAUUGACUCUUAUUUAAAAGUAUUCAAUUGUGAUAUUGUCUUCAAUUUUCCUUUAAAAUCUCAAACUGGAGAAUGAUAUAUUCAGCCUAAAGCACAUUAAGAGUUUUAACAUAAUUCAAAAUGGAGAGAGUCUGACCUAGAUAGUCUUUGUAUUGGUUAAUAAACCUUAGCCCACGAGAGAAAAAUACUUCAUCUGAGGAUGCACUUAAAUGUGAUUUUAGCUGACAACCAGAUUGAAAGUCUCUCCAAAAACAACUGGAAAGUUACCUCUUACAAAUUGAGACAAAAAUGUCAAUAGUGGGCUGAAAGGUCAGCCUGAAUAACAAAAUUUUUUUUUCUGGUUGCAUAUGUGGAAACAAGCUUUCUCACCAGAAACCACAUAAUUUUUGCAUCAACAUCUGCUACAGAAAGGAAUACAUAAUAUGAAAUUUCACUUGAAAGAACAAGCUAAGAGAGGGUAAAACUAUUAGUCAAGAAUUAUAGAGCUCAAUCUCCUCUUGAUUAGUUGAAAAAGAAGUUGAGAAGCACUUGUAGUGUUUCUUUCAGGAUAAUAUGAGGAGAUAAGCAUUAUUAACUCAAAAUUUUAAAAUCUACAUUCAUUUCUGGAUGUAAUUUUAGCUCUCUCACUCUAUUAUAUAAAAUACCAUCUAUAGCGGACUAUUAAAGAAAAUCCAAAUAUGUAAUUUACCUUUUAAUUACCUAUCAGACUUCAGGGAAAGAGCUACUCUCUAAUUUUGCAUCUCAUUUUGGGAAGGUUUGCGGUCCCACUAGAGUUUGAUGUAAUCGCAAUACACUGGUUAAAUGGAUAGGGCUUGGUGAUUACGUUGCUACAGUUCAAAUCCCACUUCUACCACUUAUCACCUGUGUGAUAUUAGGGAUAAUGGGGAUAAUAAUAUGUUAGGAAAUAAUUAAAUGAGGCAAUUGAAGUAAAGCAUCAUCAUCACUCCUAGAGAUGAAGAGAGAAAGAAUGGUGGUGGUCUUACCAGAAUCUAGGAAACAAGACUAGUAGAUGGGGAAUUUGGAAUAGAGAAGAAUAAGCUGUCCAGUAAUAACUAUAGUUGCUAAGGAGUCACUGUCACUUCCAAAGAUGCCUCCCAAAGCAAACAGAGAGGAGAGAAAUUAUCCUGUCUUUCCACAUUCCAAUUUCCCACCAAUGCUUUCUAUUGUCCCAAAAUAAGUAGAAGCCAGUUGGCAAAGGAACCUAGGAAAUGUAAUUUAUAGAGAUGAUCCCCUUGUGUUACAAAGCCCAGCAGUGAAGGGCAGGGAAUAGAUCUGAAAAAUACCUACACCUGCUAUUCUUUCCCAGCACAAAACUUCAGAUAGAAUGGCAAAGGCAAGAACUUGGUAAAUGAGGACUAUUUCAGAUCUUUAUAUCUCUACAUGAUGAGAAAUGAUGCCAGUAAGGAUAUCUAUCCUUAGAGUUCUUCUUAGUUAGAACCCAUUUCAGUCUCUAAUGGUGUAUUGAGCACUUACCAUACCUCAAGGACUUGGCUGAAAUGUUAACAGUUUAUUCAAGAAAUACAAAUUACCAGCUAUUGCCCUUGAGAAGAAGCUAUGGUCUGAUUCUUCCAAACCAUUUUGCUUUCACCAGAGGCUAGAACUUAGUUGGGGCUACCGGAGGAUCAAGGGAGGCAGCUAAAAUGGGGACAUUUCCUUGAAGAAGAGGAGACUUUAGAAUUUAAAGAUAAUUUGGGCUAAAACUAAUUUUAAAACGCCUUUUUGAAAGAAUCAGGAAAUAAAAUCUGGAGGGCCACCAAAAAGACAAGAGCUGGAAACAGGCAUUGACAUUGAAUAUUUAGAGAAAAUAAAUUAAUUUUGUAGUUCACAAUGUAUACCUUUUGUGUGAUACACAGUAGACAUUCAACUUGUGACCUGUUUGUUAUGUUGUAGUUAGUUCAAGUGGAAACAUACUGAAGUGCUACUAAGACCAAUUUUAAGAUUUUCCAUUUUGGAAAAAUGGACUAGACAUAAUUCUCACUAUUUCUCCCACUAAGUAUAACUAAGAACCCUAAAAAUUACACAAAAACACA